AAAGGUGCCCAGCAAGGAGAAGAGAUUUGAUUCCCACACUUUUGUGCUGGCAAAGGAAGGAUACACAUCUGGGAGACACUACUGGGAAGUAGAUGUUGGCAAGAGAAGAAGCUGGGCCUUGGGUAUUGCCCGGGAAUCUGUGACUCGCAAAGGGACAGUGACUCUGUCCCCUAAGAAUGGCUUCUGGGUCAUAGGGUUUGCCAAUGGGCGAGAGUAUUGGGCCCACACAGAGCCUUGGACCUGUUUGAGCGUGAGUGGGAAGCUGCCAAUGAUUGGGAUCUUCCUGGACAUCUCAGCCAAGCAGCUGUCAUUUUACAACGUCCAGAAGAAAACAGCUCU